AUGGGAAUCUCCGACAACGAUGUCCAGAAGCAGCUCAGGCACAUGAUGGCUUUCAUUGAGCAAGAAGCCAAUGAGAAAGCCGAAGAAAUUGAUGCCAAAGCCGAGGAGGAAUUCAACAUGGAAAAGGUCAGCUACACUUUUGAGCUUAUUUCCUUGUAUUUUAGAGGAUAAAAAAUAUUGUUUUAUCUAUGGUGAAUAAAUUGGAAAGAUUGGGCCAUGAUUUUGUUCGUUGUAGGGUCGCUUAGUGCAACAACAGAGAACGAAGAUCCUGGAGUAUUAUGAGAAGAAGGAAAAACAAGUUGAGCUCCAAAGAAAGAUCCAGAGGUCAAACAUGCAGAACCAAGGCCGUCUGAAGUGUUUGAAGGCUCGUGAGGAUCAUCUGAAGGCCGUCUUAGAAGAAGCCAAAGCCAAUUUGUCUAGGAUUUCAGCUGACAGCAACAGAUAUCCGGCCAUUCUCAAGGGAUUAAUCAUGCAGGUCGGUUUGUUAUUUUUUAUUUUAGGUACUUAUUUUCAAACAGUUGAAUUUUUUUAUCUUUCAACUUUUUAGGGUCUUUUCCAACUGCUUGAAAAGAAUGUAACCCUCAGAUGUUCGAAGAAAGACGAGGCCUUGGUGGAGAAACUUUUGCCCGAAUGUUUAGAUGAAUUACAAAAAGUUUGGGGAAAUCAGAGUAAAGUAGUAAUUGACAAAGAAAACUACUUGCCUGAGGAUGUUGCUGGUGGUGUAGAAAUGACUGCUAAGAAUGGAAAAAUCAAGGUUUCAUCCACUCUGGAAAGCAGACUCGAUCUUAUUGCUGGCCAGGUAAGUAAAAUAUGUAGUAAAAUUACAAUAAGUCAACUUUUUAUUACUAUCUUUUUGUUUCAGAUUGUCCCCCAGAUCAGAACUGCUCUAUUCGGUCCUAAUCCCAACCGUAAAUUCUUCGAUUAG